AUGGCGCCCUCGUCCACGCCCUCGUCUACGGCCACGCCCAAAGACAGCGUGCCACCCCGCAGGCCCACGACAACAGCGACGACUUCCGGCGCGCGCAGGCCGACUGUAUCCUCCUCAUCCACAACCCCCCGAGCCUCGAUUGGCGGUGGUGCAUCGAGACCCCCAACUGCCACCAGCACGCGCACCAGCACACUUGGAGGAGCAUCGAGCUUGAACAAACCGCCCGCACGGCCUGCCCCUGGAACCGCCGCGAGACGGACGGGCUUGUCAUCCAAGACGACGUCAGAUGCAGAGCCUGACCUGUCAUCGCUGACUUCUGGCGAUGAAGUUAGGAAGCCUGCUGUGCGAAGGACGCCCGGUACCACCACCACCACCACCACCACCAGUGCCGCGGCCUCACGAGCCUCACCAGGCAAGACCUUCUCACGCCAAUCGCUCGCGCCUUCAUUGACAACAGCAACCACGACAGCAGCAGCAGCAGCAGCAACAGCAGCAAAGCGGCCUCUGGCCUCACGGUCCGCUGCGGAGCCUGCCACCUCCGCCAAAACAGCUCAUGCCACCACUGCUCGUACCGCGCCGCGUGUCUCCCUGGCUGCAUCUUCUAGACCGACCACAGUUUCGCGCCCUGCAUCUACAACCACCAAAUCGAACCCCAAAACGCCCACAGGCCAUGCGAAAAAGCUGUCUUCAGCCAAGUCCAUGUCCUCGCCUGAGACGCCCAAGACACCCGAGACGCUCAGGGAUAAGGCCGCCUCAGAUGCAGAAGUGGAAAUGCGCAAGAGCGCCCUCGCGCCUAACAAGGAGGCCCUGGCUAAGCUCAGCGAGGAGCCCCAGAGACCAGACACGGCUCCAAGCGGCCCCGCAGAAGUGGACGUGGAGAUGAAGCGCCGGAGCGCUCAGAUCAUGCAGGAAUUCUUCAAGGAGACCAAUCUACGCGACAAACUGCAGGAGCAGUGCGACGACCUCAAUCGCGAGGUCGAUAACUUGCAGGCGGAAAAGUCGCGACUAAAGAAACUGCUCCUAGAUGCGCAGACUGCCAUGGCAGAAAAGGAUCUGGCGCUCGCUGGCGCGCAUGAUAGUGCGCACAAUGCCCUCGUCCACGACAUGGAAGCCAAGUUUGCGCAUGAGACCAAACAGCUCGAGGUCGAGAAGCAAGCGGCCCAGGAAAAGUCGGCGAUUGAAGCUGCGCGCGCUCAAGAGCUUCAGCAAGUGCUCAAUGACCUCAAUAGCGAAUUAGAGCAGCAGGGUCGUGAAUGGGAUGCUGAGAAGAAGAUUCUGACUGAGCAAGCCACUCGGAUCGAAGAGCUGACGCAGCAGAUCACCAACUUGAAGGAGGAACGGGACACUCUUUCUGUCCAGCUUGUCUCCACCAAAGAUACUCUGGAGGCGCUACAGACCAAAUUUGACCAGAUGGAGAGCACGAGUUCAGACGGCCUACAGACACGCGAUGCUGAGAUCAAGUCUCUCAAGGAGCUUGUGCAACAACUGCAAUCAGAAGUCGCCACUUCCCACAAAGAACACGAAGAUGUCCUGCUCGAUACACAGCGUGCACUUGAGUCCAAGUCCUCAGAAUCUUCUGCCGUCAUCGAGAGUCUCCAGUCCCAAAUCGAAUCGCUGCACCAGCAACAUGCAGAUGAGCUGCGUGUCAAGGACGAGGCCAUUGCACUUCAUGUGGAAACGGAGAAGGGCCUGUAUGACGACAUCAAAACGCUCCAGCAACGCGCGAAUCGAGUCACGGCCAUUCUUGAAAGCGAGCGUAAUGCGCAUGCAGAAGAACUAGAGAGACAGCUCGAAGAACUGCAGACAUCGUUGAGCGAAGAGUUGCGCGUGAGAGAAGAAGAGGUCUCACAGCACCUCGAGUCCAUCGAUGAACUUCAAGAGCAAAUCAAGGCACUUGAACAAGGGUCCACUGAUGGUGCCAGGAUAGCAGAUGAACUCCACAAGCACAUAGAAGAGCUGAAGUUGUCACACGAAGCAGCGCUCAAAGUCAAGACAGACGAGAACGAGGAACUUAUGCAGCAGCUCGAUGCAAUGAAUAACCAGCUUAGUACUGAUGCCACGGAGGUUGAGCAGCUGAAAGAAGAGGUCGCUGGCCUUCGCACGACCCUAGAAACCUCCGAGAAGACAUCACAGCAGAUGGAGUCUCAGCACGCCUCCACCCUUGCAAAGGUUCAUGCUGAUCUCAAUGAAGCAGUCAGGAAGGCAGACUCGUACAAACUUGAAUUAGAUGCAGUGCAAGACAGGCACAGACAGAAUCUUCGCGUCCUGAGUGAAGACCACGAAGGCGAAAUCGAGUCGCUCAGAGCUGAUCUGGAAGGUGAUGCAAAAGAGCGUCUCAAUAAGCUGCAAGCUGAGCUUGAUUUGCUCAAAUCAGAGAAGACCGCAAUAUUGAAACAGCAUGAGGAAAGCCUUGCAGAACGAAGCCAUGAGCUCGAGGCACUGAAGAACGAGGUUGUAGCCCUGCAAGAGACUUCUAGAUCUACUUCACAGCAGGCUCAAGAAUUUCGUAUCAAGUGCGAGCAGAGUGAGGAAGAAAAGGCUGCGCUCAUGGAAGCACAUACAAACGCGCAAAAGGAAAUCGAAGUCAUUCAUUCUCAGCUUGAGCCUUUGACUAAGCAGGCUACGGCGACUGAAGACCUACUACUGCGUCUUGAAGUAUUGGGUGAAGAGAAGGCCGCGGCAGAGACUGCUCAUGCCACGUCGAAGCACAUCAUCACAGACCUUCAAGCACGCCUUGAUUCUCUGUUGCUGGAGAAAAAAGGAGCAGAAGAUGCACACCAUCAAGCAGUUGAGGCCCUAAAGUGCGAAUCAGAGAGCACGCUGAGAGAGCUUCUUAGCAAGUAUCAGGCUGCAGUUGAGGAUAAGGCCACGACCGACGAGCUCCAUGCCCAAGAAAUCCGGUCCUUGAAGGAGGCAUCUGAGAGUGCAACUAAGCAGGAACUUGGCGAACUGCAGACGAAGUAUGAGGCCUUGCUAGAAGAAAUGUCUGCAAACAAUGCGGAACAUGCGCAUGCUCCUGAGGAACUCAGAGAAAACUCUGGCAGUACUUCGACAUCGUUGUUAAAGGAACUCCAAGGCAAGCACGAUCAGUUACAGAAACAGUUCGAGGAAACCUCCCAAGCCUUGACUGAUCUACAGACGCAACAUCGCAAAUUAUCCGAUGAAAAAUCUCAGAUGGAGUUGGUACAUGGGAAGGAACUGAAACAUUUGGAGGAACAACAGGAUGCCUGUUCGAUUCAGCUCGUAAUGCUUGAGAAAAAAUAUGCCGAAUCUCUUGCCGUGCAAUCGACUCUGCAGGAGUCUCACGCCAAGGAGCUUGGUACUGUGCAAGCAGACAUCGAGCGCAACUAUGCCAACUUACUCGACGUCUUGCAAAACGAUGCUGCGAGGCUGGAAGUGGAAAAGUCGUCUGCAUUCAGUGAGCUUCAUAAUUUCAAACAAAAGAUGGAGACCGAGGUGGCCAAACUUGAAAAAGAAAUCGAGUUAAGGGAUCAGUCAGGCUCGGCUGAACUCUCCGCGGUGAUGGCAAGAUACAACACUCUCUGCACUGAAAAGGCCGCUUCUGACAAGGAGCACGAAGACGCCAUCGCUCAAUUGAAGCAAACGCUUGAGAAGGCCCACGAGCAAGCUCUGGCCCAUCUGCGAUCUGAGAACAUGGCACUGCAACUGAGAAUCGCUGCUAUGAAACAAGAGCACGGGACUACCAUCGAGCUUGUCAAGGAAGAAUUCAAGGCUAGAGGUUCUAGCGAGGUCGAUUCUUUGCAACAACAGCUAGAGACUAUUCAAAAGCAACACUUGGCUCUCGUUGAUGAAAAGACUGCUAUGGAAUUGGCUCACGAGAACGCGAUUGCCGAAUUGAUGCUUGGCAUACAAGCUAUUACUUCAGAUACUGUCCAGCAGAUGCAGAAGAAGUACGAUGCGCUAGUUGCACAAUUGGAUGCAACACAGGCCAGCCAUGCCACGGAGCUGGAGGCUGCCAGGCAAGAAGUCGCCAAUCAACAGCUGCGGUACCAGGAUCUCCUCUUACGAAACGACAAAACUGCUGCCAUUGCGGAUGGUCAUGCGCAAGGGGUGGAGCGACUCAUGAACAUGAUCCAAGAGAUUGAAGCCGAACGUGCUCAAGCCGUACGGGCCAGCGAGGAAGCCGAAGACCGUAUUGAAACAAUGAAGGGAGAAGUCGUUCGCAAGCAUCUCGCUCGUGUAGAGCCGUUGGAGAAGCAAAACGCCAUGCUGUUAGACAAAAUUGACCGCCUGGAAGCUAUCAUCGCUGCAGGCGAUAGGGUUGCGCGCGCAGCAGCUAUUAUGGGCGAGAAACGCGACAUCAACACGUUGACCGAAGAGGAUGAAGAGGAAGAUGGAGAAGACGCCACAUCGGGCGCCCAAGGGCCGAGGCCUAAUGGUGCGCCAGCGGACGUGAUUGCGACUCAGAUGGCUGCUAUGCAAGAGACACUGAAUCAGCUAAGUGAGCUGAAUAAUGAUACAGUCGCGGAGAGUUUGAGAACUGCCCAGAGGCUUACUGAGCAGCACUAG